AUGGCGAACAAGACCGAUUUCAGCGCAGCACUGAAGCCAGCAGCCCCGGAUGGAGCUACGAUUCUCGCAAAUGAGAGGGCUCGAUCGUCAAUUCCAGUCCAUGAGCUCUCACAGCAUCUUUUGACCUCUGAAUACCUUGAACAGCAAAAUCGUGUCCUCAAUGUUCUCGAGAGUGAUCCCCUCUUCAAAAAGACAAAUCAGGCCAAUCUUUCCCGCCCGGACCGAUAUUUGCUAGCAUUAGCCAGAAGCAAGAGAAUCCGCCAGUUCCAGGACAAAUUUAGAUGGAACAAAGACGGCUACAGCAUGGCAGCCAGCCUAUGCGACGAUGUGCUCCCUUAUCACCUCCACACGUCUAUGUUCACCACAACGGUUGCUCAACAGGGAAGUGAAGCACAAAAGGCGUACUGGAUGCCCAAGAUUGAAGCAUGGGAAGUGAUUGGGGCUUACGCGCAAACAGAACUGGGUCAUGGAAGCAAUGUUCGUGGACUCGAGCUGGAAGCAAAGUGGGAUCCAAAAACCAAAGAAUUUGUUCUUCACAGUCCGCAUUUGACUGCGAGUAAGUGGUGGAACGGCACUAUGGGCCGCACUGCAAACCAUGUCAUUGCUAUUGCGCAACUGCUGCUUCCUGUUUCAGGAUCUGGAAUAGAUACGAAGUAUAAAAACUAUGGACCUCAUCCGUUCAUUGUGCAGAUUCGGGAUAUGAAGACGCACCAGCCACCCGAGAGUAUCGUGGUGGGCGAUAUUGGUCCGAAGUACGGGUAUGAUAGCAUGGAUAACGGAUACUUGUUAUUCAAUCACCAUAGAGUUCCACAUGAUGCUAUGCUAGCCGGGUAUUCAAGUGUGAACCCUGAGUCUGGCGAAUAUACCAAGCCGAAAAACCCAGUGGUUGUAUAUGGAACAUUGACCCAUAUCCGUGCUAAACUUGUCAUGGAAGCAAGACUCGCACUCGCCCGAGCUGUAACAGUGGCAGUGAGAUAUCUUUCUAUACGGCGCCAGUUCAAAGACAAAGAUGCACCCAAUGAUGCUGCUCUAGAAAUAAACGUUCUAGAUUACCCCACUGUCCAAUUCCGAAUUCUUCCCCUCCUGGCCACAACAUUCGCACUCCACUAUAGCGGCAAAGCCAUGAGCGAACUUUACGACCGGACAAGACAGGAUAUCGAAAAAGCCGGAGAUUUUGCCACCCUUGCCGAACUCCACAGCACCUCUUCGGGUCUGAAGAGUCUGUGCACGGAUCUUAGCGCAAACGGCAUUGAGACGUGUCGAAGAGCCAUGGGCGGCCAUGGCUUUGGGGGAGGCAGCGGCCUCGUGCAACUUAACAAUAACUAUCUCUCCAAACCCACUGUCGAGGGAGACAAUUACAUGAUCACACAGCAAGUGGCCCGAUAUCUGAUUAAAAAAGUUGGCGAACUGGUGCAGAAUAACGGGGGCCCCACAACUACACGGACGGAGGAGGGUCUGAAGCGAUAUCUCAAUUCGAAGGAUAGGAAGCUCAAUUUCAACGUGCUCAAGAAUGAUGAGGAUAUUGUGCACGCAUUUGAAUGGAGAGCAGCAUAUUUCUCUUUCAAAGCAUACGAAAAGCGAGAGAUCCAGAAACAAUCCUGGAACAGCCUCCUAAUAGAUUUCUACAGAUUAAGCCGCACACACUCCCAAUCCAUCCUCGUCAUAAACUUCUACAACGCCCUCAAAAAUGACGCCAAUAUCCCCUCCGAACAAACCCGGGAGGUUCUCUGGGAUCUCUUCCGCCUUUUCGCCCUGAGCACCAUGGAAACCGAAUCGCGCGAAUUCUACAGCUGCGGCGCGGUGUCGAACGAAGAUCUCGACGCGGUUACGACUCGUGUAUUCGACCUGAUGCAACGUGUUCGGCCGCAUGCGGUGCGGCUGGUGGACUCCUGGGCGAUUCCUGACUUUCUGCUGAAUAGUGCGCUGGGCCGUUAUGACGGUAAAGUGUACGAAGAAUUGUUUGAGUUGGCCCAUAGGCAGAACCCAUUGAACGAGGUCACUGCCAACUCGGAUUAUCGGACUGAUGAGUUGGUUCUUGGUAGUGGAGAUGCUGGGCGAAUUCUGUCCAAGCUCUAG